AUGUGCCUUGUCAGACCUGUCAAAGGUGGGGUCGAUGCAAAAGAAUUGUUCCAUUUGUAUAUUGUCCUCUGGAUUCAAGAUAAGCGCCUUGCUUUGCUCGAAUCAUGCAAAUUAGACAAGGUGAAAUGGUCUGGAGUUAGGACACAACAUUCAACAACCCCGUUUAUUGAUGAAAUGUAUGACCGCCUGAAAGAAACUUUGAAUGAUUACGACAUCAUCAUUUGCCGGUGGCCAGAAUAUACCUUUGUUUUGGAGAAUGCCAUUGCGGACAUCGAGAAAGCAAUUGUGGAGGCCCUGGAAAAACAAUAUUCAGAUGUCUUGUUGCCGUUAAAGGAAAAUUUGACACCCCGGAAAUUUGGCCUCAAAUAUGUACAGAAGCUUGCCAAACGAUCUGUAUGCCCUUAUGUGGUGCCUGAUGAGGUGAAUUACUUGUCAAAUUCUCAACAUGUUUUUCAUCUAUAUUCUUGUGGCCUGAAAUUUGUUUUUGCACUUCAGCUUGGUGUGCUGUUGAAUUCAAUGAAGAGGAUGCUUGAUGUCCUGCGGCCAAAGAUAGAAUCCCAAUUGAAAGCAUGGGGUUCAUGCAUCCCUGAUGGGGGAAACACAGCCCCUGGAGAACGAUUAAGCGAAGUGACUGUGAUGCUUAGGUCCAAAUUCAGAAAUUAUCUGCAAGCAGUUGUUGAAAAGCUUGCAGAAAAUGUGAGUAUAGCAUUCUACACCUGGCCUUAA